AUGGAGGGGGUCUCGACAAGUGCUCAAACGUGUAUAUGUCAAACGAGGCUCGCACUGGGUACUGAAGAAAGUGGUUGUGAGAUCGAAUCCCUCGAAAGACUCGCCAACGAAGCAGCUCCCUUCAACAUCUCAGCAGGGCCAGGAAACCAACAAAAACCACGAACCAAAAACCGAGUCAGACGAAAGCCCACCCAGGAAAGCGCCGCGGAUUGUAAAACGAAUUUUGGUCAAGGAUGGCACCGCUCCUCUUGCAAACUUUCACAAUGGGCAGUCGGUUUCAACGAGGCAGCCGGAGCAGGAACAAAAUGGCAGCCAAUCCGAUCACGGGAACAUUUUUGA